AUGAAAGAAAUUUGUAACGCAGUAGGAAUUGAUACUAAAGAUCGUGACAUUGUAAAUCACUCGGGCCGAUCAACACCAAUUACUUCCCUUUUUCAAAAGGGUGUCGCAAUGGGUACCACUAUGUCCAUUACUGAACAUAAAAGUGAGUCAUCCUAUCGGAUUUAUGCUCGACCUUCCAAGCAAAAAGAAGAUGCUUUGUCUUUAUUAAUUAACAGUGUUGGAACUUUGCCAGCUAAUUUACAAGAACAAGAAACUUUAACAAAGACUUUUUCAUCUGAUAAUUCUAACCUAAUGAAGCCAUUCCGCCAACCUUUGCGCAAAACUGCUAAAGUAAAUCUACCAUUGCAUAUCAAUGCUACAAAACAAAAUCCUACAAUUGGUGGACGCCAAAUAAUUCGUAAAACUUCCCGUAAAGAUAAUUCUUAUGAAUAUACACCCGAAGAAAAUAUUUCUAGUGCUCCG